CUGCCUGUGCCUGUGCUGGGUUCGGUUCAGUUGAGUUUAGUUCUCAGUUUUAGUUUAUUUCCUCAGCUGUCGACGACGAAGACGACGACGACGGCGUUUGGGGCGAGAGAACACGGGGCCGCGAUUAGAGGAAUAUUCCGCCAAAUGGCAAUUGGAUUCGGAUCGGGCAUUGCAUUCCCAUUACCCCCGUAGAGUGUGUCGCGAGUCGUGAGUCGCGAGUCGGGCCUACAUAUAUGUAUAUAUGUAGAUCUAUAGAUCUGUAGAUAUUUUAAAUUCGAGAAAUAGGUGAACCAAGGAGUGCCCAUACGACACCAUUCUGGGCAACCUUGAACUUGGACUGCAUUUCGUGUGUGUCUGUUUCAAUUAGAUGCAGGCAUUCAACCUGUCAUUCAUUCAGUACGCCAAUCAUUCAGUCAGUCAAUGCGCUGUAACGCGUGUGACAGAGAGUGUAAAAAUAAAAUAACACCCGAGGCGGAGGCGGAGGCUGACUCUGAGGCUGACGCUGAGGCAAAGCCAAGGAGAGGGCGAAAUACUAUAGAGGAUAUAGCAACAGCAAUGGAAUCCGCUGAGAAGAAGGUCUACCAGAACACCACGCGGCCCCUGGCCAAGGCCCCCUCGGCUCGGUACUACAACAGGAACGACAAGAGCGAUCUGGGCGAUGACUUUGUGGCCCCCGAUGGCGGCUGGGCGUGGCUGGUGUGCGUCGCCGCUGGCGUUUCCAAUCUGUCCAUCUAUCCGUGUCUGCAGCAGUUCGGCUUCCUGUUCAGAGAGCGCCUGGGGGACCUGGGCAUGUCCAGCUCUCAGAUCACGGCCAUCAUCAACACGAAUCCGGCGGUUUCCGCCUGCACGGGCCUACUGAAUGGGCCGAUGUUCCGGCGCUUCACCUUUCGCCAGGUGGCCAUGGCCGGCUCCCUGCUGAUCUCCAGUGGCAUAGUGCUCACAGCCUUCUGUGAGACAUUCGUCGGCUAUAUGGUGGCCUAUGCCCUGCUCUUCGGCUUUGGCAUGGGCAUCAGUGUUUCGGCUUCUUCGCUGGCCAUCAACACGUACUUCCAGAAGAAGCGACGCAAGGCCGCCGGCUUCUCGUGGACCAUCACGGGCCUGGGUCCCAUCUUCCUGCCGUAUCUGGUCACGUUCCUGCUGACCGUCUACGGCGUCCAGGGCACCGUGCUGCUCUUUGCAGCCAUUUCGCUGCACUCCUUUGUCAGUGCCAUGAUCUACCAGCCGGUGCGGUACCAUGUGAACGGCAGCAGCACGGAGCCGGAGCUGCUGGUGGAGCAGCAGCAGCAGGCGCCGGAGGCGUUGUGCGCCCACUGCGCCUGGCAGCAGAAGCGCGAGCCGGGGGGGAUCUUCUCCAGCCAGUACCUGUGCCAGGACGACGAUGCCCAGCGGCCGGGCUAUGAGAUCUGUGAGCCGGGCACCCCCAUGCUGUCGCGUGCGAACGACGGCUGGUUCGGGUCACGGCCCUCGCUGACCUCGGGACGCCUGCGCUUUCGCACUGUGUCGAGCUCCAAGGAUCUGGAGCAGACGCAGCGCCUGCACUGUCCCAUCAGCGAGGAGCACCAGGGCGACGACGAGUUCCUCAGGCCCAACAACUUUCGCCGAGAGCGCGUCGAGUCCAAUCUGGAGGCGAAGCUCUGCUGCAGGUGCUCCGAGCACCGGGCCAUUGCCAGGGAGGACAACAACAACAAGGAUCCGGAGGUGCAGACCAGUCCGGGGGAAAUAGGCUUCCUCCAGAAGGUGGUGACCUUCUUCGACCUGGACCUGCUGCGCGACUUCACCUUCGUGAAUCUCGUUGCGGGUCUGACGAUCAUCAACUUUGGGGAGCUCAACUUCUCCAUCCUGACGCCGUUCAUCCUGGUCGACUUCGGCUUCGAGACCUCCCAGAUCACGCUGGCCAUGUCCCUGCUGGCCGGCCUGGACAUCACCAUGCGCUUCCUGGUGCCCUUUCUGACCGAGAAGAUCCCCUGGGAUAACCGGGUCUUCUUCCUCAUUGGCGUCGUCGGGAUUGCACUGGGCCGCACGGUGGUGGCCUGCACUCGAUCCUACUCCAUGAUCCUGUGCAGCUUCGUGUGGAUUGGGCUGUGCAAGGGCGUGCGCACCAUAUUCUGGCCCCUGAUCAUACCCGGCUACGUGCCGCUGAAUCGACUGCCAGGCGCCUCGGGCCUCCAGCUGCUCAUCUCGGGGCUGUUUACACUCAUCUGCGGACCUUUUGUCGGUCUUGUGCGGGAUCGCUUUAACUAUUCGGUGACCUUGCAUUGUCUCAAUAUGAUGUCCUUUGUGGCCGCCGCCUCCUGGACCCUGGAGGCGCUUAUUCGACGCCAUCGGCGGAAGCAGCGCCUGGAGAAUAGCUGAUCAUCCGUCGGCAUCCCAUCCGGUCCUUCGGCGCUUAAGUUAGAAAAUACUUUCUUUUUUUUUGCUAUCUCUAAGAUAAUGUCUUGUAAUACAUUAAAAAAUACAAAGUACAACAUGGUCUAUA